GAGAUUUACGAGUUUAGGCUUCUAUAGAGAUACGGUCCCAUCCCUGUCUUUCCCUUUUCUGAUUUUCUCUCUCUAAAAACCCCCUCUCUCUCUUUCUCUCUCUAAAAACCUCUCUUCGUGUUCUCGUUUCAAUCUCAGUUACUCUUUCGAUCCGUUUCGCUCUUCACAAUCUCUUCGAUUCGUACAAUGUUACAGCACACAAUCCCUAACUCGUUCUUAACUCAUUCACUCUCCUCUUUCCGAUGAUCAUGGAACUCACCGAAUCCUCCGCGGCUAACCUCAACAACCUCCCGCUUCCUCCGCCGCCGCAACCGCCGCACAACAACCUCCAAGAUACUCGUUCAAUUCUAUGCAUCGACCUAAACGAGAUCCCUUCUCCUUCUUCCUCAUUCCCCGAAACCCUACCUGACUUAACCAUCGACAUCGUCCGUACCUACCACGAAAAUCCAGCGCCUCCUCCUGGUGGUCCUGCAGCUCUCCCCGGUGGUUCCACUUCUUGCGCCGUCUGUGCUAAAUCCGGAGGUGGUAAUUGUUUAGUGUGUGACGGCUGUGAGCGGAGUUUUCACUUGGCUUGCGCCGGGAUUCGAGGUGGAGGUGGUCGGCAGGUUGCUGCGAGUAUUGGAGAGUGGGUUUGCGGUGAGUGUUUGGCUGGUGGUGUGAAGAGUAAACGGUGGCCGUUGGGUGUGAAGUCUAAGCAGCUUCUUGAUAUCAAUGCUUCUCCGCCUAGUGAUGUUGAUGGUGAAGAGUUGCAUGAUGCGAGAAAGCACACGAUGGGUGAUAAAUCUUUUGGUACCAAUCAAUUUGGUGAUCCAGUGACAUAUUCAACCUUCUACAACGGGAGUGCGUUUGGCUUGCAAAGGGCAUCUGGAGUUAUGACACAUGCUGUUAGAGUGGGUUUUGAAGAUAUAUUAAAUCACACCCAAGCAAUGGCUAGAAGCUUUGAGGAAGUACCAUCUCAGACUCAGAGUCCAAAUGAGUCAAUUUUGCUGGCUCUUAGAGAUUUUAUAUCUGAAAGGCAUGGUGUACUGGAGGAAGGUUGGCGAGUGGAACUUAGACAAUCAAUGAUCAGCCCUGACCUGUAUGCAGUUUAUUGUGCCCCUGAUGGAAAGAUAUUUGAUUCUGUGUAUGAAGUAGCUAAUUAUCUGGGGCUACCGUCUGGCUACAAUUCCAUGGAAUCUGAAAUAAAGAAUGAAAUGUCUCUUUCUUUAGGUGGGCCUCACAUAUCCAGAAAACGAAAGUCUUCUAGAACUCUGACAGCCAAUGGUUAUGCAGAAAAGCAGGGAACCAUGAUCAAUAGUAAUUAUAAGGAUUGCUCUUCUGAUGGUUUCAUUAUGGAAUGUGCUAAUGCUCAGGGGACUAUCCCAAAAGCCUCUGAGAUUGGAAGAAAAGAGAACAGUCACACCGACCCUGAUCAAUCCGCUGAUGGACUUCCUCUGCAGUUUAAGGACUUCUAUGUUCUUUCUUUGGGAAAAGUUGAUGGGAGACCUUCAUAUUAUGAUGUUAACCUUACCUUUCCUGUGGGUUAUAGAUCUUCCUGGCAUGACAAGAUUACUGGCUCUCUUUUUACGUGCGAAGUUUUGGAUGGUGGUGAUUCUGGGCCUUUAUUUAGGAUUAAAAGGUGUUCAUGUUCAAAGUUUCCUAUUCCAGAUGGGUCAACCAUCCUUUCAAUGCAAAGUCAUUGUCAAUUUGUAAGCGAAACCAAUGAAUGUCGGAGAGAGACUAAUGAUAGUAUGGAUUUCGACGGUGACGAGAGUAUCCAAAUGAUCCUUUUAGAACCCUGUGCCCCAACAGAAAAUGACAUCUUAAGUUGUGUUGCCAGUUGCUCAAAUGAAACAUAUGCAUCAGAAGGAUUAAGGCCAGUUGCUGGUUCGGUUCGAGAUAAUACUGAAAAUUCAUUUGAUGAUAAUAUGGAUUUUGGUGAUGAAAUUGGUGAUAUUUUGGUUGAAGAGCAGUCCCCAUUCUCAGCAUGGAAACUUAUUUCUCAAAAGUUAGUCAGUGCUUGCAAGGAUAUCUGCAAGGAGAAAGGAACUCUUAAAUUAUAUUGUAAACAUGUUGUAAGUGAAAUGGGCUUACAUAAAUGGGAUUUAAGGAAUGGAAAAAUUGAUACCCACUUCCCUUCGUUGGAUAAAUUUUGUGGUUAUCCUGGGUUUGUCGGCAUUCCAGAUACACUUUAUGCAGACAGUGAUCUGACUGGUCUCUAUGAGCUGUUAGGAAAAUGGUUGGAGCAGGAUAGAUUUGGGUUAGAUGUUGAAUUUGUGCAAGAAGUAUUGGAACAGCUUCCUGGCGUGCAGGAUUCUUUGCAAUAUGAACUUUUGAGUAGUAGAACUAAUAGCUCUUCAUUACCAACAGUGGAGAAUGGUUUCCUAGUGGUUGAAUCUAAAGGUCAAUCAAAAUAUCAAGAUGAAGCAGCAGCUGUUCAAGGUUUAUAUAGAAGGCCUAAGAAGGCAAGAUUGACUGAAAGUUUUGUUAAGGAAGAUCAAUGUCCACCUCCCGGGAAACCACUGUGCUCUAGGGCUCCUACUGAACUCAUUGGUGACAUUUUUGAGGUUUGGGAGCAUUUAGAUAGAUUUCAUGAAAUUCUAGACCUUAAAGAACCAUUGUUAUUGGAGGAGCUUGAGAAGGAACUUAUCAACCCAUGGUUUGAUGAAUUAGAGUUCCCUGAGAAGUUGGAGAGGGGAAUGGGUAGAAAUCAAGUUUUAUGUUCACAAGGGGGUAAUGAUGAUUACCGACUAGUAUGUGAAGCUGGUCCAUCAGGUUCCACAGAAAGUUCUUUUAUUCAAGUGGAAACAGAAGCUAUGAAAGAGGAAGCCCAAGUUAAGCUCGCAUCCUUCACCUAUGUCAGAUGCUUUGGUAUAGCAUUGACCAAGGCUCAUAAUUCAUUACUAAGAGUGCUAAUAGGUGAACUGCAAUCAAAGGUGGCUGCUCUGGUGGAUCCAAAUUCUGAACCCGGAGAGACUCGGGGUAGACGAGGAAGAAGGAAAGAUAUAGAUAGUGCAGUUCCUGCCAAACGAACUAAAGUCAAUAUGCUUCCUAUUAAUGAAUUGACAUGGCCAGAACUAGCUCGUAGAUAUAUCUUAGCUUUCUUAUCAAUGGAUGGUAACCUCGAGUCUGCGGAAAUUACUGCCCGUGAAAGUGGUAAAGUAUUUCGUUGCUUACGAGGUGAUGGUGGUUUGCUGUGUGGGUCCCUUACUGGUGUGGCUGGGAUGGAAGCUGAUGCACUGUUGCUUGCGGAGGCAACAUCGAAGAUUUUUGGCUCCUUGAGCAGAGAAAAUGAUGUACUCAUCAUGGAAGAAGACGAGUCUGAUGCAAAGGAUGUUUCUGAAAUGAAAUUGGCAAAUGAUGGUAAAAUUCCUGAAUGGGCACAGGUGCUGGAACCUGUCAGAAAGCUACCAACAAAUGUGGGAACCCGAAUCAGAAAGUGUGUUAAUGAUGCUUUAGAUAAGAAUCCGCCAGAUUGGGCGAGGGCAAUACUGGAACACUCAAUUAGUAAGGCCGUGUACAAGGGCAAUGCAUCUGGACCAACAAAGAAAGCAGUUCUUUCAGUGUUGAAUGAUGUAACUCAAGGAGUGCAGCCGAAUACCAACAAGGAAAGGAAAAAGAAGAUUAUUAUAUCUAUUUCUGACAUUAUUUUGAAGCAAUGCCGCAUUGUAUUACGCCGUGCAGCUGCUGCAGAUGAUUCAAAAGUUUUUUGCAAUUUGUUGGGAAGAAAAUUAGUAAAUUCUUCUGAUAACGAUGAUGAGGGGCUUCUUGGAUCUCCAGCUAUGGUGGCCCGUCCUCUUGAUUUCCGAACUAUUGAUCUAAGAUUGGCUUCUGGAGCUUAUGGUGGAUCUCAUGAAGCUUUUCUUGAGGAUGUUCGCGAGCUGUGGAGCAAUGUUCGUGUUGCUUUUGGGGAUCAACCGGAUUUAGUUGAACUUGCGGAAAAAUUAUCCCAGAAUUUUGAACUUUUAUACGAUGAUGAGGUUGUCACCUAUGUCCAAAAGUUUGCAGAGUAUGCUAAAGUGGGAUGCUUAAGUGCAGAAAUGAAAAAAGAAGUUGAUGUUUUCAUUGCAUCAACAAGUGAGAUUCCGAAGGCCCCUUGGGAUGAGGGAGUCUGUAAAGUAUGUGGCGUUGAUAGGGACGAUGACAGUGUUCUUCUAUGUGAUACUUGUGAUGCUGAGUAUCAUAAAUAUUGCUUGAAUCCUCCACUUGCAAGGAUCCCCGAAGGAAAUUGGUACUGUCCAUCUUGUAUUGGUGGUAAACAUGCAACACAAGAUGUCACGGAACCUGCUAAGAUUACUGGAAAACGUAGUAGUAAAAAAUUCCAGGGAGAAGUUAUCUGUCUUUAUUUGGAAGCACUAACUCAUUUAUCGGCUGUUAUGGAAGAAAAAGAAUAUUGGGAGUACAGUGUGGGAGAGAGAAUGCUCCUCCUCAAGUUUUUAUGUGGCGAGUUGCUCAGCUCUUCUCUGAUACGACAGCAUCUUGAGCAAUGUGCAGAGUCUUCUGUUGAGUUACAUCAGAAAUUGCGUGCACUUUCUGUGGAGUGGAAAAACCUGAAAAUUAAGGAAGAUGUUUUAUCCACAAAAGCUGCAAAAUUUGAUUUGUUGUCACAAAGUACCAAUGGAGAAGUUGGUCUUAAGGACGGAUUCACAUCUUUGUUCUCAAAUACUAGUAAAUGUCUUUUUAAGCCACAUAGUGCAACCACCAAUCCUAAUGGUCCUGGGGUAUUUGUUGAUAGUCUACCUUCAGAAGAGAUUCCUAAAGAGAAGUCUAGGUUCAAUAGUGUUGAUAAAAGCAUAUCCGUGACACAUUCAGAUUCUGAUAGCCAAAACAUGAAUUCCAUAGAAGGACAACUUAGGACUGUUCCUGUGGUUGUAGAGUCUCCAUGUACAGAUAAAUCCCCCAAGUAUUUUCCAUCCCCAAAUCAUAUGGCUCAAGGAAUAAAUGGUUACAGUGGAGCAACUCAUAUUCAGGGUAGCCACCAGAAAUGUGAGGUAAGGGAUGUAUUUACUUCUGCUUCCUGCCAGCAGGGACAAUGUGUGCCUGUUGAAGUUUCCCAGAAUGCCGUGAAUGAGUUGGAGCCAUACCACCUCGAGCUCAAUGCCGUCAAGCAUAAUAUUUUGCUACUGCAGGACUCUAUAACUAGCAUAGGAUCACAGCUGUCAAAGGUCCCUGUUCGUCGGGAAUUUUUAGGAAUUGAUUCCAUUGGUCGACUAUACUGGGCUUUGGGUACGCCUAGUGAACGUUCACGUAUAGUUGUUGAUGCAAGUGCUGUUCUUCAGCAUAGAAAAGGAUUGUCAGUUGGCAAAAAUUUUGUCGACAAGUUUUCCGCUCUGCAGCAUUGGGCACUAUCUGAGAAGGAUAACUAUAAGAUGUUAGGGCUGAUCAAGGACUGCUCUCCUUUGAAUUCGCAACCACUUAAAGCUUCAGGCAAUUGUUCACCGUGGAUUGCUUAUGAAACUGAUUCAGAAAUCGAAGAGCUGUUGGGUUGGUUAACAGAUAAUGACCCUAGAGAAAAAGAGUUGAAAGAUUCCAUUAUGCUGGCGCAAAAACAUAAGCUUCAAGAGUUUAUUAAUGCAAACACUGAAUGUCAGGUUGAUGACCAAGUGCCAAGAAAUACACCAUCUAAUUCUCUUGUUACAAAGGCCACUUCCUUGCUGGAAAAGAACAGAACUACUGAUGAAAAGUUGUGUAGGUGUGAAUGCCUAGAGCCCAUAUGGCCUUCUAGGAAACAUUGCUUGUAUUGCCACAAAACCUUUUUGACUGAUGAUGAAUUUGAGCUACACAAUGAUGGCAAAUGUAAUGCAGGACUUCUGGCCUUGGAGAAGAAUAAAGAUAAAAAUGGAUCUUCUAAAGGAAGAGGGAAUUUGAAAUGUGAUGCCUCACAUGAAAAGUCCCGAGCUUAUGCAGAAACAGCUGGAACCUCAAUCAAUAAAUGUUCCAAGCUAAGUUUGAAUUUGAUUAAAUUUUCAAAUGAAGGUUCCUCUUGCCCAUUUAAUUUUGAAGAUAUAUGCUCAAAGUUUGUGACAGAUGAUUCCAACAAGAAGCUUGUCAGAGAAAUUGGUCUUAUUGGUUCAGAUGGUGUCCCAUCUUUUGUUUCUUCCAUAUCUCCUCUUGUUAGUGAUUUUACGCUAUUCUUAUCCCUAAAGGGCGAUGACAUUGUUGGUGGUGCCUCUAAAGCUUUAGAAAGCCGGGUUUCUCAAGAAAACACUGAUGGUGCUGGCAUAUGCCAUGACAAUAAAUCAGGAAAAUCCACUCAGAGUUUAGCUGCAAAUGAAAGCAAUGAAACAGGAAAAUCGAGUAAAUUAGGAGAACAAAGAGAUGGAAAGUUCUCUUUUUGUAAUCGGGCUUCCGAUAUGGGAGUCUAUAGCUGCUGUGUGGUUCCUUCGUCGUCCUUGAGACCACUAGUUGGUAAAGUUUCUCAUAUCUUGAGGCAACUAAAGAUUAAUCUACUUGAUAUGGAUGCUGCGCUUCCAGAAGUUGCUCUAAGACCAUCAAAGGCACAGUUGGACAGAAGACAGGCUUGGCGUGCAUUUGUUAAAUCUGCAGAGACUAUAUAUGCGAUGAUUCAGGCAACAAUUGCACUGGAGGAUAUGAUUAAGACGGAGUUCUUAAGGAUUGACUGGUGGUACUGGUCAGCAUUCUCAGCUGCUGCCAAAUCUUCUACUUUGCCUUCCCUCGCUCUUCGGAUAUACUCUCUUGAUUCAGCCAUUAUGUAUGAGAAAAUGCCCAAUUCAAGUUUAACUGACAGCUCUGAUCCUCCUGCCAUAGCAGAACAGAAACUGGUGAUCACCGUGGAUGCAGAUAAAACCAAGUCAAGCCGGAAGUCCAACAGGAAAAGAAAGGAAUCGGAUGGUUAAUCUCAUACUGUAUUCUUGCCUGAGAAAAUCAGAAAGCUGGUCCACUUUUUGUGGUCUGAUAUGGCCAUCCAAAGUUGCAUGAUUUUGGAUGAAAAGGUCACGAGGCCAACCUCAAGUUAUUAAAGGGGGAAGCCGCAGGGCUGGUGUCAUUUGCACGCUUCUUGUACAUAUAGGUAAAGCUGACCUGCUAACUUGAAUGCUCGUUUUUGGCUAUAUGUAGAAUAUGUAGGAUUAUCUGCUUUCAGAGGGCACCAGUAUGAAGGAAUUAUGACAAUGCGUCCAAUUUUGAAAUGGUUUUUGCUGCAGCUGUCCAAUUGGUUGCUCCAUACUGAGAAGUGUUAUAUUAUAUUUUUCAUUUUUCUAGCAGAUUCUGAUCCAUAAAUGUAUACAAAUGGAAUUAAUGUAAAGAAGGAAUAGAAGAAAAGAAGCUAAAAAAAAAGAUGGAAGUCGGAUAAUGUUAAGUUGAGCAGUUGUAGGCAAUAUUUCAUUCUUUAUACAUUCUCUCUUUCACCCCAAAAAAGUCCUGCACACGCAUGGCCUUGAUUUUGUCUUGGGCAUUGCUGAUGUGUUAGAAUGCAGGGGAAAUUUUAGUGUCAAUGCAUUUUUCUGCCCGCUUUUUUGGACUAACAUAGCUCAUGCGAAGUUUUGUUUGA